AAGGAAAAAAGCAAAGCAAAGCAAAGCACAACGAGAAGGUGAGAAAGAGAGAGAGAGAGAGAGAGAGAGCUAUGGGGCAGUGUUCGUCCUCCCAGCACCCAGAAGCAGAGCAGCAGAAGCAGCAGCAGGCGGCUGCCUGUGUUGACAUCCAGAAAAGGCAGGAGCAGCUGCGGAAGAAGGCGGCUGCGCACAUGAACCAGCCAUACCAGGCAUCUAGCAAUGACGAGCUGGUCCUCCUGGUGUCGCUGGAUUCAAUCACCAAGAUUGGGUGAAUUGUUCAUCUGCGGAUAAUCAUCUCUAGCUUGCUGCUGACCAUUACGGUGAACACCCACCUCGUCUCUCCUAAAAUGAAGGAUGAAGUUGACAGGCCCUCUUUCUCUUUGCUUGUGUCAUCAAUAUGUAAACACUCACUAGCUAAUAAAGCUAAAAAUAAGACUGCCUCCAUUUGUCGAUUUACGAAAUUUUAUCACUUAAACCUGUCUGUGUAUUUCAGCAAAUGUUUUUUGUAAACCGUCCAUGUAUAUGUUGAGAAAA